GAGUCGAUGGAACGUCGUCGUGUUCACCCGCUCCCAUUCUCCUCCCCCUCUUCCUCUUCAUCCCACUACCGUCUCUAGUUUCUCUAGUAAUUGACAGCGGAGUAACGACCUCCUUCCGUUCUUCCCUCCAUCUCUCCUUCCCCAGGGCCGAUUGUGGACACGUCCCGGGAAGGGAGGCUGUCGGCAGGCAGACUUAAACAUUGAUAAAACGGCGAACGGCAGCGGACCUUGGUGCUGGUUUCCAUCGAGGUGCUUCUGGCGUUAGCCGUGUGUGUUUAGCCGCACGGAUCUUCAGCGCUGCCGCCCGCUUCCGCAGCCACCUGAAACAUGGCUGCGGCUUCGGUGAAAGUGGCGGUGAGGGUGAGACCCUUCAACUCCAGGGAGAUGGCCAAGGACAGCAAAUGCAUCAUUCAAAUGUCAGGAAACACAACAACAAUCCUGAACCCCAAACAGCCAAAAGAAAACAAGAGUUUCAACUUUGACUACUCUUACUGGUCUCACACCACGCCAGAAGACAUCAAUUAUGCCUCGCAGAUGCAGGUGUACAAGGACAUCGGCGAGGAGAUGCUGCUUCAUGCUUUCGAGGGCUACAACGUGUGCAUAUUUGCAUACGGACAGACCGGGUCGGGCAAAAGCUACACAAUGAUGGGGCGACAGGAGAGGGACCAAGAGGGCAUCAUACCUCUGCUCUGUGAGGACCUUUUUACCAAGAUCAGUGACAGCAACAAUGAGAACAGCAUGUCUUACUCUGUUGAGGUGAGUUACAUGGAAAUCUACUGUGAGCGGGUCCGCGACUUGCUGAACCCCAAAAACAAAGGCAACUUGCGCGUGAGGGAGCACCCGCUGAUGGGACCCUAUGUGGAAGAUUUGUCCAAACUGGCCGUCACAUCUUACAAUGACAUCCAGGACCUGAUGGACUCUGGAAACAAAGCAAGGACCGUUGCUGCUACAAACAUGAACGAGACCAGCAGCCGCUCCCACGCCGUCUUUAACAUCAUCUUCACUCAGAAGAAAUAUGACUCUGAGAGUGACAACACAUCAGAAAAGGUCAGUAAGAUCAGCCUGGUGGACCUGGCUGGUAGCGAACGGGCCGACUCCACCGGAGCCAAAGGAACCAGACUGAAGGAAGGAGCCAACAUCAACAAAUCUCUGACAACAUUGGGCAAAGUUAUUUCUGCUUUAGCUGAGCUGGGCUCAGUAUCAAACAAGAACAAGAAGAAGAAGAAGGCGGAGAGUUUUAUUCCAUACAGAGAUUCGGUCCUGACGUGGCUGCUGAGGGAGAACUUAGGUGGAAACUCUCGUACGGCCAUGGUGGCUGCUCUCAGCCCUGCCGACAUCAACUACGAUGAAACCCUAAGUACCCUGCGGUACGCCGAUCGUGCCAAACAGAUCCGCUGCAACGCCGUCAUCAAUGAGGACCCGAGCAACCGUCUCGUGCGUGAGCUUAAAGAGGAAGUGGCUCGCCUCAAAGACCUACUGUACGCUCAGGGCCUGGGCGACAUCAUCGAGACAUAUCGAGGCAGUGACCCCAUCAUCAGCAAUUUGAAACACCUGUGCGAUUACAAGAACUUUGCGAACGAUCGCCAGGCUGUCAAUCAAAGGGGUGCUCUUUUCGCAGUGACCAACGCCAUGACGGGAAUGAGCCCGUCCCCAUCGCUGUCUGCCCUGUCCAGUCGCGCCGGCUCCAUCAGCAACCUCCACGAUCGUAUUUUUAGCCCGGCGAGUGAAGAGGCCAUAGAGAGGCUCAAGGAAACUGAGAAAAUCAUCGCAGAACUCAAUGAGACGUGGGAGGAGAAACUAAGACGUACUGAGGCCAUUCGCAUGGAGAGAGAGGCUCUAUUGGCUGAGAUGGGUGUCGCCAUGAGAGAAGAUGGAGGCACUGUUGGUGUUUUCUCCCCGAAAAAGACGCCGCAUUUGGUCAACCUGAACGAGGAUCCACUGAUGUCGGAGUGUCUGCUGUAUUACAUCAAAGACGGCAUCACCAAGGUCGGCCGUGAGAACGCCAAGACUCGCCAAGACAUUGUCCUGAGCGGACAUUUUAUCCGAGAUGAACACUGCACCUUCAGCAGCACCACAGGCCCUCAGGGAGAAGGUUGCGUCGUCCUGGAGCCAUGCGAGGACUCAGAGACCUACGUCAAUGGCAAAAGGGUGACCUCGCCCACUGUGCUGCGCUCGGGCAACCGCAUUAUCAUGGGUAAGAGCCACGUCUUUCGCUUCAACGACCCCGAGCAGGCCCGGUUGGAGCGCGAGAGGACGCCGUGCGCCGAGACGCCAGUGGAGCCUGUUGACUGGGCCUUCGCUCAGCGAGAGCUGCUGGAUAAACAAGGCAUCGACAUGAAGCAGGAAAUGGAGCAGAGGCUUCAGGAACUUGAGGAUCAGUAUCGCAAAGAAAGAGAAGAAGCGAGUAUUUUGCUGGAGCAACAGAGGCUGGAUUAUGAGAGUAAGCUGGAGGCUCUUCAGAAGCAGGUGAAUUCUCGCUACCUGGAGUCACCAGAAGAAGAAGAGGAGCCGGAGGAAGAAGUGCCGUGGACCAAGCAGGAGACCGAGCUCGCUCUAUGGGCUUUCAGGAAAUGGCGAUUUUACCAGUUCACUUCGCUCCGGGAUUUACUUUGGGGCAAUGCCAUCUUCCUCAAGGAGGCCAACGCUAUAAGUGUGGAGCUGAAGAAGAAGGUCCAGUUCCAGUUUGUCCUGUUGACGGACACACUUUACUCCCCCUUGCCUCCCGAUCUGCUGCCUCCUAGCGAUACUAAGGAUAGGGAGAGACGGCUUUUCCCUCGGACCAUCGUGGCCGUGGAAGUGCAGGAUCAAAAGAACGGCGCUACGCAUUACUGGACUCUGGAGAAGCUCAGGCAGAGGCUGGACCAGAUGAGAGAAAUGUACGACCGAGCUGCAGAGCUCCCUAGCAGUGCCGUAGAGGACUGUGACCACGCCCUCUCCGGCGGCGACCCCUUCUACGACCGCUUCCCAUGGUUCCGUCUGGUGGGCAGGGCGUUUGUGUACUUGAGUAACCUGCUGUAUCCUGUGCCGCUGGUGCACCGCGUGGCCAUUGUGAGCGAGAAGGGUGAAGUGAAGGGCUUCCUUAGAGUGGCUGUGCAGGCCAUUUCAGCGGAUGAGGAAGCUCCAGAUUACGGUUCUGGUGUGAGGCAGUCAGGCACCGCUAAGAUCUCCUUUGAGGAUAAGCAGUUUGAGAAGUUCCAGACAGAGUCAUGCCCGAGCCUUCUUUCCCCCUCCAACACCUCCCAGGAGGAGCUCCGCAUUGUGGAAGGCGAGGGUCAGAAUGUAGAGAUGGGCAUCUCUGCAGAUGAAGUCAACAACAACACUUGUGAAGCCACUCCAGAGCCCCCAGAGAGCCCUGUGAAGAGUCUAGUGGGACUGGGUCUGGAUCUCCCUCUGGAACUCUCACCAGAGAAGGCUCUGUCUCACCUGCAGAUAGGCAGCACCUUCACCUUCAGAGUCACCGUCUUACAAGCCUCCAGCAUCUCGGCUGAGUACGCCGACAUCUUUUGCCAGUUUAACUUUAUUCACCGCCAUGAUGAAGCGUUCUCCACUGAGCCAUUGAAGAACACCGGCAGGGGACCACCGCUUGGCUUCUACCAUGUCCAAAAUAUCACAGUGGAGGUGACCAAGUCCUUUGUGGAGUACAUCAAGACACAGCCUAUUGUCUUUGAGGUGUUUGGUCACUAUCAAAAGCAACCUUUCCCACCACUCUGCAAAGACUUAAUCAGUCCACUGAGACCUUCCAGGCGGCAAUUUCCCAGAGUGAUGCCUUUGUCCAAACCGGUGCCGGCCACUAAGCUCAGCACGCUGACCCGCUCCACCGCUGGCCCUUGUCACUCUAAAUAUGACUUGAUGGUCUUUUUUGAGAUCUGUGAGCUGGAAGCGAGUGGAGAUUACAUUCCAGCUGUUGUUGACCACAGAGGCGGGAUGCCCUGCCAUGGCACUUACCUCCUGCAUCAGGGUAUUCAAAGGAGGAUCACUGUCACCAUUGCUCAUGAAAAUGGAAAUGACAUCGAAUGGAAGGAAGUGAAGGAGCUGGUUAUUGGUAAAUGUCGUAUCCGCAACACCCCUGAGGCUGAUGAGACCAUCAUAGACCCCAACAUCCUCUCCCUCAACAUCCUGUCUUCUGGAUAUUUCUGGCCAAAACCUGAUGACAAUGUGUCCUUGGGAGUUGAUCAUAGAACUUUCUAUCGCUUUGAAGCAGCAUGGGACAGCUCCAUGCACAACUCACUUCUCCUGAACAGAGUUACCCCCUAUGGAGAGAAAAUCUACAUCACCCUCUCAGCUUAUCUGGAGAUGGAGAACUGCACUCAGCCGACAGUCAUCACCAAAGAUUUUUGUAUGGUGUUUUACUCCCGUGACACAAAGCUUCCGGCCUCUCGUUCCAUCAAGAACCUCUUCAGUACGGGCUGUCUCAAGCCUUCAGAGAGUAACCGUGUCACCGGGGUCUAUGAGGUGACUCUCUGCUACGUGGCGGACAACGGAAGUCCAGGCAUGCAGCGGCGUCGCAGACGUGUUCUGGACACAUCAGUGGCGUACGUCCGAGGGGAGGAGAACCUGGCCGGAUGGCGACCGCGCAGUGACAGCCUCAUUUUAGACCAUCAAUGGGAACUGGAGAAACUCAGCUUACUUCAGGAGGUGGAGAAGACUCGACACUACCUGUUACUUCGAGAGAAACUAGAAGCGACCUUGCAGGCUGGACAGGAUGCGCUUUACAAGAGCGGUGACAUCAGCGACUUUGCAAAGAGUCCUGUCAUUAGCCAGAGUCCUAUAGGCAGCCCGGCGAUGGACAGCCCCAACCAGAGGCAGAGGGAGCUGGCUGCCAAGUGUCUGCGUCUGCUGAUGCACACCUUCAACAGGGACUACAGCCAGGUGAGCAGCAGUGCCAGUGAGAGCAAGCUCUCUGAGAUGUCCGCGUCAUUGAUGAGGGGGGAGUCCUGCUCCACGCUGAACACGCUCACUCCGUCCUCCACUUGCCCCUCACUGGUCGAGGGACACUACGACAUCAGACACACUGAGCCCGGUUCAGGAGCAUCCACCCCUGAUCUGGACCCGUUCAGCCCAGUGGACAGAAAGAAGGCUCUCAAAGGCUGCAGCUUUGUUCCCGAUAUACAAGAGAUCCGAGUCAGCCCCAUCGUGUCAAAGAAGGGCUACCUGCACUUCUUGGAGCCGCACACCAGCGGCUGGGUCAAACGCUACGUGGUGGUGCGCCGUCCCUACGUUUACCUUUAUCGCAGCGAGAGAGACAACGUGGAGCGAGCCGUCAUCAACCUGUCGUCGGCCAAGGUGGAAUACAGUGAAGACAAACAGACCUUGCUGCGGACCCCAAACACGUUCACCGUGUGCACCGACCAUCGUGGGAUACUGCUACAAGCCAACAACGACAAAGAGAUGCAUGACUGGCUUUAUGCCUUCAAUCCUUUGUUGGCGGGUACCAUUAGGUCCAAACUCUCAAGAAGAAAGUCUCUCCAGUCAGUACCGGUUGCCCAGAGGAUGUAAGAAUAAAAGGGGCCUAUAGUGACAAAUGAUCUACUGUACACACCCACGCAUACACACACACACACACACACACACACACACAAAUGAUACAAAUCACUCACCUGCCCCACCAACCACAUAAAUACACUUCUACAUAAAGCAACAUUGAAAUAACCUAUAUACACACACACACACACACACGUAUAUAUAUACUGUAUAUGUGUGUAUAUAUAUGGGUAUAUAUAUAUUAAUAAAUAUUUAUAUAUAAAUAUAUAUACACAUAUAUGUAUGUAUAUAUAUAUAUAUAUAUAUAUAUAUAUAUAUAUAUAUAUAUAUAUAUAUAUAUACACACACAUCUACACAAAUGUAUAUAUAUGUGCGUGUUUAUAUAUAUAUAUAUAUGUGUGUAUAUAUAUAUAUUUAUAUAUAUAUAUAUACCCAUCACUCAAUAGUUAACUGUUAACAAGCCUGCAUGGUGACCAAGCAGUGUGUAUUCAUAUCCAUGUGCCUCCUGUAAUCCUCCAGUUAUUGUCGUUAAACUGACACGAGCCACAUCCAUUUCUACACAGCGCCACCCAGUGGGGGGGAAGGUUUCUCCGCGUUUUUAAGUGCAGGGAUGCCAGUCCGAGUAUUGUGCUGUUCUUACAUCCCUGUGGAGAGAACACGUGUCAUUUUAAGUAGCAUGCAGCAUUAUUAAGGUCUACUCUCCUUUUGUUUUGUUGUUUAUCUGAAGCUGAAUAUGAGCGAAAACACUAUUGCCUUCAAAAAAAAACCCAUCCCUUCUAUAUAUUAUUAAUUGUUGCUUUAUACUUUUAUUUACUCGUGAAUAACUGACCAAUUUGGUUGCACAGCACUUAUGACCCUCGUUGAGUUAAUGUGUUGCAUCAUUCACUUGGUUGUUGUAUAACCAAAGCCUUGUUUUUAUUAUGUGACCAAACCUGCGCAGCCGUAAGGAUCCGAUUUAAAGACCCAACAGACAUGUUUAAACCUCUAUACUGGUAUUGGUAUACGUGUGAAUAUGGUGAGUUAUGUGUAUAAAUUGUAUUUCACGCCCAGGUGCAGGAGAUUAAUGAAAACAAAAGAAUAACCGCAUCAAUUGGAGGAAUGUUUGCAACGAUGUAAAGGUAACUUUCAUAUUUAAAGACAAAUAAGUUGAGCCCAAGUAUCGAAUGCUCGAUUCAGAUUGACAUUUUUAUGACAUGCAUUUUCUCGCAUUUUUCAGACCUUUAACAUGCAUGAGAAUUUACCAAAGUUUGCAAGUGCAUAAGACUUGGUGAAACAUUUUAUAUUUCAGCAUUGUGUUGACAGUUUCCCAGAUUGUCACGAAAUUAUGUCAUGACAGGAUGCCGGAAAAAAGUUUUAAAAAGCCCAUGUUUGAAAACAAAGAUGGCCAUUUUGGUUUAAAAAGACAAUUUGGAGCUAAAAACCUAGGGUUGGACUCUGAUAAACUCCUCCUAAGCCAGGGAUAUUCAACUCAAUUGUUAUGGGGCCCACAUUUCCAGAAAGCUAAGGACUGGGGAUGUCACUGUUUGUCUUAUUUUUUAUAUUCUGAGGAACCAGCGUCCUCUACAGUAAACAUUUGAGUUUGUUCUAUUAAUUUUGUCAAGAGUUACAAGAACACUCUGCUGUUUUUAAGGACUUUCUGCAUAAAAGCUAGUCAAAAAUUAUCUCUAUGACAGCACUCUAGUGUUUUUAAGAAUCCGCUGCAAAAAUGUGAGCCUCUUACAACAUUUGUUUAAUCAAAACAAACCAGUUGAAUUGCCCGAAUUGUGAAAAAGAGAAGACCUAAAACAGAACCUUGAUGAACACCUGCAGUAUAACUAAAGAAGUUGAACUAGUGACUACUGCUGGGGUCGGCAACCAAAAACGUUGAAAGAGCCAUAUUGGACCAAAAACACAAAAAACUAAUCUGUCUGGAGCCGCAAAAAAAUUAAACGCUGUAUAUAAGUCUUAUAUUGAAGGCAACACAUGACGUAAGUGUCUAUAUUAGCUAUAAUAGCCUACUAUCAAAAUGACUGCCGCAGGCUGAAGCAAAUCUUCGUUGACAGAAAUGUUGAAAUGUAAUAUUUAUUCUACACAUUUUUACAACAUUACAAACCAUUAGUAAAUCAGAGGCUACUAAGAAGGUGAGAUAACUCCUGGAAAUGACUGGCUUUUAAUGGCCAAAGGUUUAGAUGUGUGUGUCCAAGUUAAAGGAAACGGCACGCUGUCUUCUUUUAAUAGAUUUAUUACAAUCUUUGGCAAGCUAGGUAAUGUUUGCUGUGGUCUGGAACAACAUGGCACACAAACAACUAUCUGAAAUGCAGCCAAUAUUACAUACAGAUAAUGUGUCAUGAGACAUGCAAAACUAAAUUAUAUACAAAGAGGAUAAAAGUAAAGGAUAUUAAAUGAGCUCAAAUAUACCUACAAAUGAGACAUAAUGAUGCAUUAUAAACAUACAGCUAGCCUAAAUAGCAUGUUAGCAUUGAUUAGCUUUAAGUCAUGCAUUGACCAGAUAUGCCUGAUUAGCACUCCUACAAGUCAAAAACAUCAACAAAGCGCACCUUUGUGUAUUCACGCACAGCAUAAAACGUUUGGUGGACAAAAUGAGACAAACAAGGAGUGGAAGAUUUUACAUGUAAACAAACAGUCCACUCUAUGGUGACUCAAGAAUCGCCAAAAUUAGUAGGACAAAACGAUGUUCACCAAAUACUCUCAUCAGUGAAGCAUACACACAAACAUUAAACAGUGGGCUUUCCAACAAUUGGGAAGGUUUGUGUCAUGUUUGUCCUUAAACAAAAAAACAUACUAAAACAAAAAAAGUAUUUCCCCCCCCCAUCUUUUUCUAUUUUAAAUCCUUUUUUUUUUAAAUGCUCCAGGGAGCCACUAAGGCGGCACUAAAGAGCCGCGGGUUGCUGACCCCCGGACUACUGACUGAGGUAAAUAAACUCCAGCAACACCUUAGUUGUAUAAAUCACAUGGCAAACCAAAAAAUGUAAGAGGACUUAAAGCGGUGCCUUGAGGAACGCCUCAGUUAUGUAAAUCACAAGUUUGGAUCCCAGUGUUCUUUGUUUGCAAGCUAAGUUAGAAUGUCAAUGCAAGGAUCUGCCAAUGUGUUCACACUGGUCCAAGUUCCUCUAUAUAACAGAAGCUGGCUAGUGUUUUGGGGAAUUUGCUGCCAAAAAAUGUUUCUACCAAGUUUUAAACCGGGCAGGUAUGAUGGUGUCAUUCCCAGGCCGGAAUAGUUGAAUAGCCCUGUUUUAGGUACUUUGACCAAAUUAGUCCUAAUUUAAAUCAGGUAUAAUCAAAUAAUGGGUGAUGAUACAUUGCAAAGGGUUCUAUGCUGUCUCAUAAGAUGUUGGAGGAACUGCUCCACAAAGUCCGACUUCUCCACUAUGACACCCUAAAUAGUUCUGUAUGCCCCUUCUUCACUCAAUCACGGUGGCAUCCAAUCUAAUCGUUGCUAGUCCAUCGGCUCGCCGAAACCCUGAUUUGCGUUGGGAUGCCGUAACAUUUUUGUUGACCAAUCGUGACUUUCCUAGUUGUGCGUGAAUGCUUUCGACAUUUUCCUGUGACAGCUUAUAAGGAUGAGGUCAUAUCCCCACUGGUAGCGACAUAAAGGAGAUCCAAAUGGACCUGUACUGACUUGUAAUGCGUGAGCCUGUCCCUUAAUGAGCAUUUAGUAAGUAUUUCAAACAAAAACAUUGUGAUCCCCCUUUCUGUGAAUUGGUGGCGUUUGAAUAACAAAACGUAGAGACACAAUGUAAGGCUUCAUGUGUUUAUUAUGACGUCUACUGUAACCAAUUUAUCAUGAUGUCACGUUUUACAGUUUUGUUUAAAACCCUGUCUCGUUGCUUUUUUUUUUUUUUUUUCGUUCGCAAGAAUUCCUACUAAAUUCUGCUGAGAUCAUUAAAAAGAGGGCAGGUCCAUGCACCAGCUAGUUUAUCCACCGCCUCUUUUCAUGUGUAAGACUAGCUUGUAUGUAAAGUAAGCUGACAUACCAAAAAAUAUGACUUUUAUAAGCUCUCAUCAAAGCUCCGUCGUAUAUAGCCUGUAAUGUAGGGUAUAUCGUUGCUAAGCUAAAAAGCCACAUUGUUUAAAAAAAAAAGUCCAAAUCUGCUUAUUAGUAGUUUGCUGCACCACGAUGACCCGAAACUGUGCCUAAAAUGUCAGGAAAUGUUUGAAAACUAAAGCACGUGGCCUGACAGCCAUUUGUGUUGUUUCCUGUUUGCAAGCUCCGGGCCAACCAACCUGUUGAGCCAUGCAACCUCGUUUAGAACCACGGAAAUGUAGGAAACGUAACAAUAAUGUCAUUUUUUUUGUCAUGUUUUGGGUCAUCUCAAUGCAGUCACAUUUUAUUCUAUAAAAGAUGUCUGUAAAGCUUUAUUUUUUGAGGUUGUGAGGGUUUUAGAAUAGAAUGCACUAUUUAGGUGUACUGGUGCACAUACCUGGCUUUAUUCCGUAUGAUUUCAUAAGAAUUGACUUUCCGAUCAUACAAUGCUUUGUUUACGUUGCUUCUUAGCACUGAAUCGCAGCACGCAGGUCCGCUCGCUCGUAUAUCAGCAUCCUCCCCCUCCUCGCUCUCUCCUAAAUACCGGUGUAAAGUUUAUUGUCAUUGAUGAUCUUUGUAAUGAAACCUUCCUCUUAGCUCUGUAUUGUAUAUAAACGACGCUCGUCGAGUCUCUCUGAACAAAUGCUAUUACUGUAUCUCUCUCUCUCCUCCACUGUAUUUCACCAUGCAUUCACGACAAUAGAAAUAGAAAUAACUAGCUUGUUGCAAGUGUCGCGGGGCUGAUUGCGGAUCAGUUUUGUCAGUGCGGUCAGGCCCGCAUCUCACGUUUAUCUUUUCAUUGUUCCGGAGGUUUCUCUGCCGUGUGUGUUGACACCUAACUAAUGUUGUUGGGAGAGGGGGGUCAAGACAAAUAAAUAAGUGUUGAAAAUGA